AUGUCUGAAGUAAAAUCUCCAUCUGCCUCGAGUGACUUCGCCAUGAUCGGCAUUACAGCCUUCCAACGUAAAGUCUACAAUCUACUUCUCCAGAUUCCUUCGGGCAAAGUCUCCUCUUAUGCCUCUCUUGCUAAAGCUCUCUCAACUGCGCCUCGUGCUGUCGGCGGAGCUUUGAGGCGAAAUCCUUAUGCGCCACAAGUGCCAUGUCAUCGAAUCAUCUGCGCCGAUGGUGCAAUUGGAGGGUUCAAGGGGGAAGCGCAAGAUGCGCCGUCGGGAAUGAACCAAAAAGAGAAAUUGAGUUUGCUGAAGAGUGAGGGGGUGGAUUUUGACGAGAAUGGUCAACUAGUGGAUGAAGAACGGUGGUGGAAUGAGUUUCGUGUCUGA